CUGGAUAUGAUGCAUUGGUCGUCCCGAGGAACUUGUGGGCAAUCUUUAUGUAUCAAAAGCGAUACCUGUCUCAUCGGCGAGCGGAGCCAAUUCUCACAUUUUGUCUGUGGCUCAAUAGAGCCAGGAGCACUACAAGCCUUCCCGACAGGUUCUUGAAUAAUCAUGUUGCAGAGAUGAGAUGGCCAACAAGUCGAAGCAUUUGAGCAUCACUUGCUCAGAACUGAUGUUUCUUCCAGCGAGCAUGACAGCUCCUAUUGGGUCCCAGUUCUCUUGCAGGACAGGGAUCAAGGGCUACAGACAGUGUCGUCGGCAGCGCAAUGUGGAGAGCAUGUUCGGGAUGUGGACAUAAACGGCAGAACUCAGGAAUAGCUUCUGAUUCCAUUGAUAUAUCAUGUUCAGAUGCUCGGAAACUCGAUAUGAUACUAAAUGACAUUGCAGUUGAUAUCAAAAUGGCCCCCUCCAGUUACAGCGAUCAUUUUUCGAUCAAGAACCUUCCAUAUGGCGUCGCCUCGUCUCCCGCGCGAGCUGACCCGCAAUGCGUGACUCGGCUCAACAACACCGUAAUCUUCCUAGAUGACCUCCAGAGAAACGCAGUGUUCAACUCGGUCACCGAGCUCCCUUCUGGAAUCUUCAAAUCGUCCACCUUGAAUGACUUUGCUGCCCUCCCCAAGCCAAUCCACACGCAAGUGCGUCACGCCCUGCAACUGGUACUACAGAAUGGAGUGGAAGAACUCCCCACAGGAAGCACUGCAGACAUCAGCAAGGUCCAAUUGCAUCUCCCUGUCACAGUCCCAGCUUAUACCGACUUCUGCAGCAGCAAGGCCCACAAUAUCAAUGCCGGACGAGCGAUCCUCGGCCACGAGAGCCUGCCGCCGUGUUUCUACCAUAUCCCCAUUGCCUACAACGGCCGUGCCAGCACGAUCUCCGUUUCUGGGACCCCAGUGCACCGGCCCCGGGGCCACUUCGUCGACAGAACCGUAACGACCCACAAAGAAGUCAUCUACGCGCCAACACGCGCCUUGGAUUAUGAACUCGAACUGGGCAUUGUAAUCGGUGCUCCGCUGCCGUUGGGCCAGAGGCUUACCGCCAAGGAUGCUGAGGCACACAUCUUCGGGCUUGUGCUCUUGAAUGACUGGAGUGCACGCGACAUCCAGGGCUUCGAAAUGAUCCCCCUCGGCCCACUGAACGGGAAGAACUUUGCCUCGACCAUCUCCCCAUGGAUCGUCACACUAGAGGCGCUGGAAGCGUUCCGCACCGACGGCCCAGAGCCGCAGAGCGCAUCCAUCCCGCCGUACCUGCAGGACCCAGGCGCCUAUAAUUAUGACAUCCAGCUGAAGGUCGAGUUGGAGACUGCUUCUGGGGCAAGGACGGUGCUGGGAGAGACCAAUGCGAAGGAGCUGUACUGGAGUCUCGGGCAGAUGUGCGCGCAUCUGACGAGCACGGGGUGUAAUCUGCAUACCGGGGAGAUUCUGGGCACUGGGACGGUCAGUGGGGCCGCUGAGGGGUCCUAUGGCUGUCUGCUGGAGGUGACCAAGGGAGGCAAGGCGAAGGCCAAGUUGACCGACGAUAGUGAGCGGACAUACCUGGUCGAUGGGGAUGUGGUGACGAUGACGGCCGUGGCGGGCGAAGGAGUUGGAUUUGGCGAGUGCACGGGGCAGAUUCUCCCUGCCAAGGAAGUUCAGGCUUAGAUUAGUGCUAUUGUACAGAAAGCCAACUAGAUGAUCCUCGUCACAGACAUUA